AUGUCUACCGUUCCCCCCGUCUACAUCGUGGCUGCGGCCAGAACCCCUGUCGGCUCGUUCCUUGGCUCUCUGUCCAGCCUCUCGGCCGUCCAGCUGGGUGCCCACGCCAUCAAGUCUGCCGUCGAGCGUGUUCCGGAGAUCAAGCCCGAAGAUGUCGAGGAGGUCUUCUUCGGCAACGUCCUGUCUGCCAACCUCGGCCAGGCCCCUGCCCGCCAGUGCGCCAUCGGCGCCGGCCUCUCCAACAAGACCGUCUGCACGGGCGUCAACAAGGUCUGCGCCUCUGGUCUGAAGGCCGUCAUCCUCGGCGCCCAGACCAUCAUCACCGGCAACGCCUCCAUCGUCGUGGCUGGCGGCACCGAGUCCAUGUCCAACACCCCCCACUACCUGCCCACGCUGCGCACCGGCUCCAAGUACGGCAACACCCAGCUGAUUGACGGCGUCCUCAACGACGGUCUCACCGACGCCUACAGCAAAGAGCACAUGGGCAUGCAGGCCGAGCUGUGCAGUGCGACCCACGACAUCCCCCGCGAGGCCCAGGACGCCUAUGCCAUUAGCACCUACCAGCGCGCCCAGGCCGCCACCGAGGCCGGCCUCUUCACAGAGAUCGCCCCGAUCGAGGUCCCGGGUCCCCGUGGCAAGCCUGCCACCCGCGUCGACCGCGACGACGAGGUCAAGAACCUCAACGUGGAGAAGCUCAAGACCGUCCGCCCGGCCUUCAAGCCGCAGGGCGGCACGGUGACGGCCGCCAACGCGGCCCCCAUCAACGACGGCGCGGCCGCUGUUGUCCUCGUGUCCGAGGCCAAGCUCAAGGAGCUGGGCCUCAAGCCGCUGGCCAAGAUCCGCGGCUGGGGCGACGCCGCCCACGAGCCCGAGAAGUUCACCACGGCCCCCGCCCUGGCCAUCCCCAAGGCCCUGGCGCACGCCGGCCUGAGCGCCGACGACGUCGACCUGUACGAGAUCAACGAGGCCUUCUCGGUCGUGGCCCUGGCCAACAUCAAGCUGCUCGGCCUCGACGCCGACAAGGUCAACGUCUUUGGCGGCUCCGUCGCCAUUGGCCACCCGCUGGGCUGCUCCGGCGCCCGCAUUCUGACGACGCUGACGACGGUGCUCAAGGAGAAGAAGGCCAAGAUCGGCGUGGCCGGCAUCUGCAACGGCGGUGGCGGCGCCUCGGCGCUUGUCAUUGAGAACCUGCAGUGA